UUUUCACUCUCUGUAAAAAGACUUGAAUUUUUCCUUUUAACAGCUCUUCAUUUCCCGGGGUUUUUCUUCCUUAUCUUCUUGUUGGUGUUGACUACAUCUUCAUCAUCAUCAGAAGAAGAAUGGAAAUUAUGACUAGAUAUAAAAGGAGGAUUUGUUCAAGUGAUGGGAGGAAAAUGUUGAGCUUGAUAUUGCUCAGAAGAAGAAGAAGCAGAUUAAUAUUGAUUGAUUAAUUCAUAUUCUUUGAAAUUAUUCUCAAGAAUAUCACCAUGACUGGAGAUUAUGAGCUCAAGAAAGCUGGUGGUUCUGAAGAACUAGACCAACUGGAUCCAAAAGAUUCAUUUUUGAUGAAUUUCAGACUUUAUGAAACUCAAUCGAGAUUUUAUAUGGUUGGUAGAAACAAGAGUAAGACAAUUUGGAGAAUAAUGAAGAUUAACCGAUCAGAACCUAAUGAGCUAAACAUUGUUGAAGAUGCAACUACGUAUUCCGAAGCUGAAUGUUUCGAUCUGUUGACGCGUUUACGGGAAGGGAAUGUAAGGAAUGGUGGGCUUAAACUGGUCACUACUUGUUACGGAAUUAUUGGAUUCAUUAAAUUCUUGGGGCCAUAUUACAUGUUGAUUAUCACGAAACGAAAGCAGAUUGGUGUAAUUGAUGGUCAUGUAAUAUAUGCAAUCAGCAAGAGCGAGAUGAUUCCAAUUCCAUAUCAUAGUGUGCAGACCGAUAAAAAUGAAAACAGAUACAAGAAGCUUCUAUGCUCAAUAGACCUUACAAAGGACUUCUUUUUCAGCUACUCAUACCAUGUUAUGCGUAGUCUUCAAAAGAACUUGUGUGAUGCUCAGACAGGGCCAGAUAUCUAUGAAAAUAUGUUCGUCUGGAAUGAGUUCUUGACGCGUGGAAUCAGGCAUAAUCUAGAAAACACGCUUUGGACCGUGGCAUUAGUAUAUGGCUUCUUCAAACAGGAAAAACUUUCAGUUUCUGGCAGGGACUUUUACUUGACACUCAUUUCUAGGCGCUCUCGUCACUAUGCUGGCACAAGGUACCGUAAACGUGGUGUGGACGAGAAAGGAAGAGUAGCUAAUGAUGUUGAGACUGAGCAGAUUGUGUUUGAGGAUCUCCCUGAAGGAUAUCCAGUGGAAAUAAGUUCUGUUGUACAGCAUCGUGGCUCUAUUCCCCUUUUCUGGUCGCAGGAAACUUCACCCUUAAUUGCUAAACCUAAGAUCAAAUUGUCAAGACGUGACAGAAACUAUAAGGCUACCAGGCUUCAUUUUGAUAAUCUAGUGACAAGAUAUGGAAAACCGAUAAUCAUAUUAAAUUUGAUUAAGGCGCGUGAAAAGAAACCUCGAGAGUCCAUACUUCGAGGAAGGUUUUCUUAUGCAACUGAAGUUAUUAACAAAGAUCUGUCCUUUGAAAAUCGUCUGAGAUUCUUUCACUUGGAUCUCCAUAAACUUUCUAAAAGUAAAGGAGCAAAUGUGCUGGAAUCACUUAGCGGAGUGACUGAAUAUUCACUGAGAAUGACAGGAUUCUUCCAUUCACAAUUAAAGCCAAAUUCGGUACCUAAUGAAGAUAAUGAGAACCACUUGAUUAAGCAACCCAAGCUACAAAAAGGUGUCCUCCGGACCAAUUGCAUUGAUUGCUUGGACCGCACAAAUGUUGCGCAGUAUUCAUAUGGCUUGGCUGCUCUUGGUUAUCAACUUAAUGCUUUGGGGUUGAUCAAUAGACCAAAGAUCGGGCAUGAUGACCCUUUGGGUGUUGAUUUGAUGGAGCUAUAUGAGAUGAUGGGCGACAUACUUUCUCUCCAGUAUGGUGGAUCUCUUGCUCAUUGCAAGAUAUUUUGGUUUAGAAGAGGCCGCGGGAAAGCAGCUGUCCAUACCCAAGACAUAGUCAGGUCAUUUCAACGUUACUUGAGCAAUGCUUACACAGAUGCUGAGAAGCAAGAUGCGAUUAACAUAUUCUUGGGAUAUUUCCAGCCACGACAGGGUAGGCCUGCACUUUGGGAGCUAGAUGCAGAUCAGCAUUUCAAUGUUGGGAUGCGCAAUGAUUCUUUUGAUGAAAACGCCAGGCUAUCUUUUCAAAGAUCCGCAUCAGCUGGUAACCUUGUUAGCGCAAGUGAUAAUCCAAUGUUGGCCACAAUAUUUGCGCAAAGAUAUGAAGGGGAGAGCAGUCUUCGUUUUGAUGAUUCUGCACCUGAAUGCUCAACUUCCAGGUGUGCUCCCUCGAUGACUACCAAGCAGCUUUACACUGACAUGCUAAGCAGUAGGAUUCAUUUCUACGAGAACAAAGACUCGCAUAACUGCUUCGAUUUUGGUACUCCCCGAUCUGAAAAUUCGUAUGCGGGAGACCUACACGAGAGGUAUCCUCAUCACUUAUUUGAUCAGCCAGACUGGCCAGAUUUUGCUAGUGACAGGCCUGACGGCUACUGUUCUUCUGUCGAAACUUCGUGCACAGGAAACCUAAGUGAGAGGUAUGAAGAUUUUGAUAUAAAUGUACUAAGAGGUGAAACUGUGGCAGUUCCGAGAGAGAAUGACUCCAUAAUUCAGAAAAUGACAGCAGGCCUGGGUCUUUCAUACGCAUAUUGGUACUGGGUUACCUAUGGAGACACAUUAGAUAUGCCACGCUGACAAAAUGAAGGCGCAUAAGUUUUCUCUAAAACGAUACAUUCCUUGUCUUUGACCACACUAUGAUUCACUCGAUUCCAAGAAUGCCAUUUCCAGAAGAAGAAAAAAGCCGUGUACAGAGAUUGAAAAAGGGUGAAAUAAUGAAUAAAAACACUGGAACCGGCAGUCUUUCUAAUACAUCUCUUUCUUUUUCUACCAUGUGUAAAUAUCACAAAAAAUGUUCCAUGUAGUAUGGAGUUCAAAGUUCUUGUAAAUACUUGCACAUUCUUCUCGACUUGAUGAGGCUCCACUUAUACAGUAGAAAAUCUUGUUUCAUUCCGUUA